UAAAAAACCACUUCCUCCUCCCUCUUCUUCUCCCUCCAUCCAUCUUCAACUGAAACCCCCGUUUGAACAACAACGCUCUUACUAGAUUCCCUUUGUGCUCUCAUUCUGUGAGGGCCGUGGUUCUAGUUUUCACAGACUUCUUCUUCGACGCACAGAAGCCGCUGCGAAAUCCUGAGGGAUCGUUUGUGGCUCGCAACUUUUUUUCACUUUCCAAACCAACCCCGCCGUAACACGAUCACAGCGCAUCGCCUGUGAUCCCCUCUUUGCAACACCGCAAUCAUGGCUUCCAACGACAAGGGUCUCGAGGAAAUCCCCGAAGGUCAGAUCGAGUCCAACUACGAUGAGGUCACCGACUCCUUCGACGCCAUGAACCUGAAGCCUGAGCUUCUCCGUGGUGUCUACGCCUACGGUUUCGAGCGUCCCUCUGCUAUCCAGCAGCGUGCUAUCAUGCCCGUCAUCAAGGGAUCCGACGUUAUCGCCCAGGCCCAGUCCGGUACCGGAAAGACUGCUACCUUCUCGAUCUCCGCUCUCCAGAAGAUCGACCAGAACCUCAAGGCUUGCCAGGCUCUCAUUCUGGCCCCUACUCGUGAGCUUGCUCAGCAGAUCCAGAAGGUCGUUGUCGCCAUCGGUGACUUCAUGAGCAUUGAGUGCCACGCCUGUAUCGGUGGUACCAACGUCCGUGAGGACAUGAAGGCUCUCCAGGAGGGUCCCCAGGUCGUUGUCGGUACCCCUGGUCGUGUCCACGACAUGAUCCAGCGCCGUGUCCUCAAGACCGACCACAUGAAGAUGUUCGUCCUCGACGAGGCCGAUGAGAUGCUUUCUCGUGGUUUCACCGAGCAGAUCUACGACAUCUUCCAGCUGCUGCCUCAGUCGACCCAGGUCGUCCUGCUGUCCGCCACCAUGCCCCAGGACGUCCUCGAGGUCACCACCAAGUUCAUGCGCGACCCCGUCCGUAUCCUGGUCAAGAAGGCUGAGCUUACCCUCGAGGGUAUCAAGCAGUUCUACAUUGCCGUCGAGAAAGAGGAGUGGAAGCUCGACACCCUCUCCGACUUGUACGAGACCGUCACCAUCACCCAGGCCGUCAUCUUCUGCAACACCCGCCGGAAGGUCGACUGGCUCACCGACAAGCUCACUGCCCGUGACUUCACUGUCUCCGCCAUGCACGGUGAUAUGGAGCAGGCCCAGCGUGAUGUCAUCAUGAAGGAGUUCCGCUCUGGAUCUUCUCGUGUCCUGAUCGCUACCGACCUUCUGGCCCGUGGUAUCGAUGUCCAGCAGGUUUCUCUGGUCAUCAACUACGACCUCCCCGCCAACCGUGAGAACUACAUCCACCGUAUCGGUCGUGGUGGUCGUUUCGGUCGUAAGGGUGUUGCCAUCAACUUCGUCACCGCUGACGAUGUCCGCAUGAUGCGUGAGAUCGAGCAGUUCUACAGCACCCAGAUCGAGGAGAUGCCCAUGAACGUUGCUGAUCUCAUCUAAACACCUU